GCAGCUGGCACGUGAGGACCACGCAGAAACAAUGGCUCUCGGCGCUCGGGCACACUCGCCGGGGAUGGGAAGCAGAGAUUAGCGGCCUCUUCUUUAUUAUUCCGGUCUAGUCGACCAGCUCACAUUCUUCGUUGCUUCCUUCCAAAGCUGGCGACCGGGCAGGAAAGGCGUCGGUGACCCCCUUUCUCUCGGCGGAGACUCGCUUUAGGGGCCACUCGCCUGAUACUGGCUGCUCGGAGAGGACGCCGUGCGUGCGCACUCCGGGCCGGCACAACCAAGACGUCGCGCCGCUGCUCUGGUUCCUCCGGCGUCCCGCGUUCGGGUCGCCUCGUCCGACGCUGUGGUGACUUGGAAGCGUCCGCAACGACUGUCCUCCGUGAGCCCAGACUGGUCGCCGCAUUCUUUUGUUCGUCGAAGGAAGUAUACUCUCGGGAGGAAAAAAGCGUCGCCCGUCGCCUUCUUAUUUUCAUCCCCGCCGCCGCUGAGCGUGGAUCUUCUCCCUGGGAGCUGCCGUCCCGUCGUUACUCUGCUCUCUUCCAUUGUCGUCGUCUCGGGCCGGCUGUGCUGUCGCCUCGCUGCUGCCAUCGAGAAGCCAGGUUCAUCGCUCGGCCUCCGCUGUCUAUUACAACGUACACAGCUAAGCGUUCUCGACUCCCCCCGCAGUCCAUCUCGCGACACGAGGCUAUCGCGCUGUCACGACGCCGUCAGUGGCAGCCACGCGCGCGCCGCUCGUCAAUCUGAGCCCCGUGAAGAAACGUGCAGCUGCCGCUUCUCUGUUGACAACUGCCAACGAGUCGUCUAAGGAUUAUACGGCGCCCGGAGACAGAUACCUGCGCCGGCUGUAGUCCAACGGUCGAGGUGCCGCGGCAGGCUGUCCGGACGUCCUUGGGGCAAAGUCAAAAACAGUACGAAACAACCGUCUCUUCGUCGGCCAAGUAAAAGCGGACUCCAUUGGGUGCAAGAAUUGCAGGUGCGCCUCGUGAAGCAGCACCGGCCACACCAUGGGAGGCGUCGGCGUCGAGGCCCCGCUGAACCUGCUCAACAUCAAACCCAACUACUCGUUCGAGUUCGACUUCGAGGUGAACUUCGACAAGGACCAGAACCGGUUGUGGAUGAACCGAAACUGGCACACGUCCGUCUAUUGGGUGGGCCUCUACAUGCUCGUGGUUUUCGGUGGCCAGGCGUUCAUGGCCCAGAGGCCGCCCUUCAAGCUAACGCGGCCGUUGCAGGCCUGGAACCUGCUUCUCUCCGUGUUCAGCGUGGUGGGAGCCUGUCGCACCAUCCCCGAGCUGAUCCACGUGCUGCGCGAGUUCGGUUUCUUUCACUCUGUGUGCAACAACUCGUACAUCGAGUACGACCGCGUUUCGGGUUUCUGGACCUGGAUGUUCGUUCUGAGCAAGGUCCCUGAGCUGGGCGACACGGUGUUCAUCAUUCUGCGCAAGAAGGAGCUCAUCUUUCUCCACUGGUACCAUCACAUCACGGUGCUCAUGUUCUCCUGGUACUUCUACCAGCAGCAUAUCGCGCCCGCGCGCUGGUACGUCGUCAUGAACUACGUGGUCCACUCGCUCAUGUACUCGUACUUCGCGUUGCGCUCGUUCCAUGUGCGCAUGCCCCGCGUGAUUGGCGUCUGCAUCACCUCUCUCCAGAUCAUGCAGAUGCUCAUGGGCGCCUACGUCACCGGCCUGGGAUUCUUCACAAACAAGCGUGGCUCUGCCUCGUGCGCCAUUUCGGAGUGGACUGCACUGCUUGCCAUGUUCAUGUACCUGUCCUACUUCAUCCUGUUCGCGGUGUUCUUUUACGGUGCUUACCUCAAGCCGAAGCGCAAGGCCGCUGUCAAGGCCGACUGAGUCACCUGCCUACUGACGGUGCUGCUCUCUUCGGGCGCUCUCUCGAAGGAAACCCCCCGCUGCCAGACGCGCGUGCGACGCGGUGUCAGGACAGUCGAGACAAGUGCACAUCUUUUUUUUUUCAUUUACGUUAUUGCUGCACACGCUUCGCGAGUGUUUUUUUUUUUUUUUUUUGCUGUUGUUGCCUUCGGCUAUUCGCAACUGCGGAAGCCCGGCAACGGACUCAUUCCAAUCACACAGCUUCAACGAAUCGCGAUGUGCGUUUAUGUAAAACAGGUUGCUUUGUCGACGAGUUUGUGUCGGCGAGUGGUGACCAAGAUUUCAAUGGACGCUUUUUUUUCGUGUUUGUUUUGUCGUCGUGUUUUCGUCCUGCUUUCUUUGGGAUUACUCUUCCGUGGCCAAUGUUCAUGUUUCGGAGAGCCCAGCGAUAACCAGUACCUUCUUAGAAUGGAAUUUACAGUAUUGACGUCGCACGUACCUGUGCAAUGCCGAUGAGCCAUAGUGUAGGGACACGUUGCUCAAUGAGUUGACUAGUGCCCCCAACCCUGUAGCGCGGAUGACCGCUCUAGGCGCGAGUGCUCUUGAUGGGUACUGAUGUGCACCUAAUGAUGUCUUAGGCGAUCAAAGAAACCACACGCUGGGUGCUUCUCUAAGCACAAUUUUCACGUCACAACGUUGUACGCACAACGUCGUAAGACAGUUGAAGUGGAUAGCAGUUAGACUUACUUUUUGUUGUUGCGGCUUGAUUGCCAAGUUAGCGGGUGCAAUACGACGGCUUGUAUGACUACCUACUCUCUGCCGGCUUGAAAAUGCCACGAAACAAAGGCUAACUGAGCAGAGCGUAUUGUUCUAAUAUAAAUGCACAUGUUGCUAAACCUUCAUGGUUACAGCGGGCCACACGUUCGUGGCAAUGGACGACGAGUAGUGCCUUUUCUUCAAUAGUGUGUUUGUCUCCAUUCCUCUGAUCGACAUGAAAUUUUUAACUUUUCUUUCUUCUUGAGACAAUAAAAGUGCGUUCAGUUUCUUA